AUGUCUCGUGCUAAGGAGCGACUGAAAGGCGGGAGUGAGACCAAGGACAGCGUAACUCUGCUGCCGUGCUUUUAUUUUGUAGAGCUCCCUAUCCUGGCCUCCUCAGUUGUCAGUCUUUAUUUCCUCGAACUGACGGAUAUAUUCCAGCCGGUGCAUUCUGGGUACAGUUGCAAUGACCGCAGUCUGUCUCUUCCCUACAUCCUGCCCAGACAGGAAGUCUGCACACUGCCUCUGCUCUUCAGCUUGGCCUUCGCCGCUCCCACCGCAACUAUUCUUAUAGGAGAGGCCAUUCUGUACUGCUAUCUCUCCAGGAGGUCAUCGGCCUCACAGACGGAGGCUAACAUCAACGCUGCAGGCUGUAAUUUCAACUCUUACAUCCGUAGGGCCGUACGCUUCAUAGGCGUCCAUAUCUUUGGUCUGUGUGUGACGGCACUGAUAACUGAUAUUCUCCAGCUGUCCACUGGUCAACACACACCCUAUUGGUUGGAUGUGUGUAAACCCAACUUGACCCACAUUAACAUGUCCACCUGUGAUGAAGCUUUUAUUCUGGAGGAUAUCUGCUCAGGACAAGAUGUCGGGCUCAUCAAUGCUGGGAGGAAGUCUUUCCCCUCCCAGCAUGCAACUCUAGCGGCCUUUGCUGCUGUCUACAUCUCAAUGUACUUCAACACGGUGCUGACGGACUCUGCCAAGCUGCUGAAGCCUCUGCUGGUGUUCUCCUUCGUCAUGCUGGCCAUCCUGGCCGGGCUGACGAGGAUCAUCCAGUUCAGAAACCAUCCUGUCGACGUCUACUGUGGAUGGUUACUGGGAUCUGCCAUUGCUGUUUAUCUGGGUGUCUAUGCAGUGGGGAAUUUCCACCCCAGUGAGGAUCGGUCAAGAUGUCGAGCACCUACCCCUACCCUGAGAGAGCCCCCCCCCUCUUCCCUACCCAAUGUCAGUCAAUCAGCGAUUAGCAACAGCCACCAAGGUCACCGCACCCUGGCUCCCAGCCAACCAGAGCCCAUCAUCACGAGGACCUCUUCCCACACAUUAUCCCCCAACCAACCAGAGCACAUCCUGACGCGAAGCGCCUCCUACCGAGAGCCAUCUCUGUCCAAUCUGAAGCGAGCCAGUGCUGAGGUGGAGGUGAUAACCCCAUCCAGUCCCCUGGGUAACCAUGACAACAUGAUGACCUUCAGCAGCAGCACACUGCCGAGGUCUCACGGAGGCUCCUCAUUGGAGGAGGGUCGCAUUCCACGCCGUCACGCCUCCAUCCACACAUCAAUGGACUCAACCCGAUCCAAACAGCUGCUCAGCCAAUGGAAGAAUAAAAACGACAACAGGAAGCUAUCCCUCCAGGUGAUGGAUGGAAUAAGACCAGCCUCCUCCUCAUCUCCUCAGAGGAACAUGGAACUGCGCUGCUCCUCUGAACCUUCUGCCAUGGGCCUGGAGGAACACCGAGGUGGAAUACACCUGCCUUCACUUAUUGCUUUUCAGGAAACAGAGCUGCGUGCUGGGGCCCACAUCCCAGCUCAGUACAUGAAACUAGCAGCAAGCUCUGUUCCUAUGGCCAAUCAUAAUCACCUGACCCAUAAUGGCAGCACCGGAUUGGCUGGUGGGGCCAGAGUGUCUAUCCAAUCCCGGCCUGGAUCCUCCCAGCUGGUUCACAUUCCUGAGGAGGAAAAUCUCACCAGCAAGGAUCAGGAAAGUGAAUCAGAGGACAGUAUUAUGGAUGGGGGCGGGUCAGUGAGGGAAAAGUGGCUACGAGUGGCUGAGAAGACCACCAUCCCCUGCAGGCCGCUCAGUGCUGGAGGGCAGCCUCGUCUUAUGCAGGUGAUAGCCUUAUCCAAACAGCAGGGUCUGCUUCACUCUCCUCGGUCUGAGGAUGGUGGCAGCACCGUCAGCUGCACUGGAUCCAUUCGGUACCGAGCCCUGACGGACCAGGACCCAUCACCACCGGCCUCCACCACCGGAGCGGUGGGAGGAGGAGGUUUGGAGAGAAGUGGCAGUAUAGUCCGUGUUGAUGCCCACCCAGAGUCCAGAUCAAACAAACCUGUGGUGAAACCUCCGAGCACCGAUGGAAGUGGUUCCUGGCGAUGGAAACAACCAGAUCAACGCGCUUCGCUCCGACAGUCAGCUUUUGCCCUUAACGACUUGAACAGACACACAGACAGCUGUGAUUCGCUGAGGGAUGGAGAGUCAGUGGAUGGGCGGAGGAGCGUGACAGGAACCGAAACUGAGAGCGAAGGAGGAGGAGAUGGAGGGGGAGAAGGAUUGGAAAUGGGUGGUGAAGGAGGUGUAUACACAAACCACCCACAUGUUGUACACCCUUUACAUCCCUUACACCCCUUACAUCCCAAUAACCCCAACAACUUCCAGCACCCCAAUUUUAACCCCAACAAUCCAAACAACUUCAACCCUAACUCUGCCAACUUCAACCCCAACACGACCAACUCCAACAUGCCGUUCACCCCCACUGCCACCUUUGCUCCUCCCUUCCACCCCCACCCUCAGGCCAUCACCACCAUCAGGGUCACCCCGGUGGAGGGAACGGCAGCCAGCAGUGACGGUGGCUCGGACUGCCAGUCGGUUGCUUCCUCCAGCUGUGAGUCCACCCUGCGGAGGACGAGUGGUUCCCAGUUUGCCCACGCCCCCGAUCGAGGGCCCACCCCCGACCUCCACAGUAACCACCGCCUCUGUGACGACAGUAACCGCCUCGACAAUGAAAGCAGCAACCGGUUCCACGAAAACCUUCGAAGUUUUCAAGAAAACCCUAUCCAUCCUAAUCACCCCAACAGGCAGUUGCAAGGGAUGUUUGGCCGUCCCAGCCCAACCCCUCCCCCUACCUUACCACGCCCUUUCCUGAGUCACACUCCGCCUCCUACUCUGGGGUUGGCCUAUAAAGAAUGA